AACCUUUGAAUUUUACGUUUUGUUGCCAAAAUUCUGCGAAAAAUGAGUUUUUCCAGCGACGAAGUAAACUUUUUAGUUUAUCGAUAUUUACAGGAAUCUGGAUUUUCACAUUCAGCUUUUGUAUUUGGCAUUGAAUCCCAUAUCUCACAGAGUAAUAUCAAUGGAGCUCUAGUGCCACCUGCUGCAUUGCUGACAAUACUGCAGAAGGGUCUUUUGUAUACAGAAGUUGAAUGGUCUGUAGGUGAGGAUGGUGUGCCCGUACGUCCCAUAGAAAGCCUCAGUCUUAUAGAUGCAGUUAUGCCGGAAGCGAAACCGCCGGUUUCAUCGAUUAAAUCUGAACCCGGCAAAGGAGGAAAUGGUGGGAGUGAUAAUUCGGCGGCGAGCAGUACAACGGCAACUGGCGGGUCGUCGUCGGGCAAUAAUGUCAAAUCUGAGGUUAAAACAGAAAGUAAUUCCAAUGCAGCUGGUACAAAUGCAAAUGCCACGGGAACAGCAGCGGCAGCUGCAUCGGGCGGAGAGAAUACAGAAACAGACAGUGGUGCAGCUGCUAGUGCCACAGUAGGUGGUUCACCAGCUGGUACCAGUGGUACGGCGGGGGGAAGUGCAGCAACAUCAGGUUCGACAACUACUGCCGGUGAGGAUAAGAAACCAGAUAUUGCUGCUAGUAGUUCAACAACCAAUACAGCUGAUGAUAAUGCAUCGACCUCGUCUACAAAUGGUAGUUCCAGCAACAAUGCCUCUAAUGAUGCCUCCGCUUCUGCAACCGGUACGGGGCCAGCGGCAACCUCACGAACAGCCACACCCACAACAACAGCGCAAACAGGUUCAGCUGGUGGUGCUGGGUCAACACCGGGUGGAGGAGCUGCCACAUCGGCACCUACUUCAGCUCUUGGAUCGUCACCAGCAGCUACCACUGCCGGUGGAGCUGAGCCCAUGGACAUUGAUGCCGCCAUUGAAAUACCAGCAUCAAAAGCUACUGUAUUGCGUGGUCACGAAAGUGAAGUAUUUAUUUGUGCUUGGAAUCCAAGUCGUGAUUUAUUGGCUAGUGGUUCAGGAGAUAGCACGGCGCGUAUAUGGGAUAUGUCCGAUGCCAUGGCUUCGCCCAAUCAAUUGGUGUUGCGUCAUUGUAUACAGAAGGGAGGAGCUGAGGUGCCCAGUAACAAAGAUGUUACUUCAUUGGAUUGGAAUUGUGAUGGUACUCUCUUGGCCACUGGCAGCUAUGAUGGUUUUGCACGCAUCUGGAAAACUGAUGGCAGUUUGGCCUCAACUCUGGGUCAACACAAAGGCCCUAUAUUUGCCUUAAAAUGGAAUAAGCGUGGUAAUUAUAUUCUCUCAGCCGGUGUAGACAAAACCACAAUUAUUUGGGAUGCAUCGACUGGCCAGUGUACACAACAGUUUUCAUUCCACAAUGCCCCAGCUUUAGAUGUGGACUGGCAAACAAAUAAUUCCUUUGCCUCAUGUAGUACUGAUCAACGAAUUCAUGUGUGCCGACUAGGUUCCGAUGUACCCAUCAAAACCUUUAAGGGACACACAAACGAGGUUAAUGCCAUUAAAUGGUGCCCGCAGGGUAAACUGUUGGCCUCCUGCUCCGAUGAUAUGACUUUGAAGAUUUGGUGUAUGAAUCGUGACAAAUGUUGCCAUGAUUUACAGGCACAUUCCAAGGAAAUUUAUACCAUUAAAUGGUCGCCGACUGGACCGGGUACACAAAAUCCCAAUACAAAUUUGCUAUUGGCUUCGGCAUCAUUCGAUUCGACGGUACGUCUAUGGGAUGUUGAGCGGGGUAUGUGCAUACACACACUGACUAAGCACACAGAGCCCGUGUAUUCGGUGGCAUUUUCACCGGAUGGCAAAUAUUUGGCAUCGGGUAGUUUUGAUAAGUGCGUACACAUUUGGAGUACCCAAAAUGGUAAUUUGGUACAUAGUUAUAAGGGAACUGGUGGAAUAUUUGAAGUAUGUUGGAAUUCGAAGGGCACAAAGGUGGGUGCCAGUGCUUCGGAUGGUAGUGUUUUUGUAUUGGAUCUUAGAAAGUUCUGAUCGACAACGGUAGCAGC